CUGGUCAACUACAGGAGUAUACUGCCUUAACUCCUGGUUUGGGUUUAAUAUGGUUAUUUUUAGUUUGUGGGUUUGCGGAUUUCUUCAAUAGUAGAUGGGGUGCCAUAGUGUUUUCACAAGUGUUCAAUGUGUUGGGAAAUACACUUUUGGCGAUUUGGGAUAUUCCAGAAGGUGCUGAAUGGUUUGCUUUUUGUUUGCAGUAUUUUGGUUGGGCGAUGUCUCCGGUUUUAUAUUCUUGGCAAGGUGACAUUUGUCGUGAAGAUAUUAGAGAGAGACAAGUGGUAUUGGUGUGUAUGAAUAUGUUGGCACAACAAACAACUGCUUGGAUUGCCGUCCUUGUCUGGAGAACGGUAGAAGCUCCCCGAUUCUUGAAAGGUUUCACAUUUACUGCUUCUUCUGGUGUUGCAUUAUGUAUUUGGACCUUUGUUGUGUUGUGGUUCUAUAAGCGCCAGGAACGAGCUAAUGCUAGGGAAAACGGCAUUGUGCUUUACAAUUCAGACAAGCAAGAUUUGGAAGUUUCCUCAAAAAGCGAUUAG